CCCUACGAUACCCCGACCCAUAUAUAGACUCCUAUUGCGAUGAGACGAAAGGAAAACCUCGAUCCAAACGCGCAGACAAGCCCAACCGAAUACCAAACACCAGCCCGAACACCCACCACCGCACCCUCAUCCUCAAGACCCUCGAACUCGAAAUCAAUUACGACCGCCAGAAGAAGUGCCCAAACACCGAUCGCACCGCCACAUUCCAGAUGGAACUCCUCACGCAAAUACAACACGCUCUCCAGUUCGCUGGGCCGGCAACAGUCUACGCUCACGCAGAUAGAUUGGGUGGCAACUAGACGGCACCCGGAUUCGGAGGACGACGACCUUGACGACGACAGACUCGAUUAUAUCGCGGCAGAGCCUAAUGCGCAACAUGAUGAUACGCCGGAUAUGAACACGAAUACCAAUACCAAUACCAAUACCAAUACUCGCGACGUGAUUGAGAUAUCGGAUGACUCUGGGAACGAUGCCGAUUAUCAACCAGCGCCGUUUUUGCGGACGCGGCCGGCCCGCGGUGUUCGAUUUGGACAAGAUACAACGACGGAGACGGAUAUCUCUAGGCGAAGGAGGAGUACAUCAAAACCCAAUAGUGCAGAAAAUGGCACUGGCCGGAGGAAAAGCGGCGGCAGCGUCCGGGGGAGUAUUAAAAAAGAUAAGCAGCCGAAGGAGCGGGAUAAGACCCUUACGCAGAUGGAUUAUGUACGGCGGUACUUGAAGAUCGAGCCGGAUGAUGAUGUGAAGCUGGAAUAUACAUACUAUAGUCCGAAGAAGGAUAGGGAUCCGGAGAGUCGUGAGGCGCAUCGGCGCAGUGCGGCGGAGGCGCUAGUGUCUACGAAGGAGGAACAGAAGGAUGGGGUCAAGAGGCGGAGGUUGACUGAGGAGCUUGAUUCGAAAGAUGGUUCUAAUCCUGAGGGAAUCCGCCCUAGAGGGCAGCUGUCUCGGGGGCUUGUGACGCCGAAGAAGACGAUCAAAUCCGAAAUCCCGUCUUCGCAAUCACCGGAGAGUCCUGGGUUCGCACUUGUUUCGCCGUCGCACUUUCGUGGAAUAAAUCGCUUUCCAUUGAAACAAGCAUCACCAGUCGAUCGUCCUGUGAAAGAAGAACAGCCCGGUUCUGCGGGGGAAAGCGCUCUGCAUAAUUUAGACCGUGCAUCACCCUCUCCCAAUCAGACCUCAUUACCUAAUUCUCCAGCUCUCCCUUCGAUAUCACGAAGUAUUAUCCCAUGUGAUGAUGCAAAUGACCCGGAUACCACGCCCACAAACCGUCCGACCAAUACGCAGAGGACCAUAGUAUAUGAGACUGAUGCUGAAUCGGACUAUGGCGAGACUCAGGACGACCUGUCUGUUCCUCCUUCAUCUCAGAAGCCGAAACUGGUCAGCGGCGACGACAACCCCAUGGAAGAUAUUGAAGAUUCACAACGCUACGACUCCCAGGAACUUCCCUCACCUGUCAUUCCUUCCGGGCUCGAUAACGAAACCGGGCCAUCAUAUCCAGACUUGUCAUCCGAUGCAUCAAUUUGUUAUCGGCGGCCACACCAUUCUACUCAAUACCCCCUCGAACCUAUUCCUCCCAUGAAUACACAAGCAUUGGCCGAGCUCUUCCCACAGGAGAAAGAGAACAGCGCUCAGCAAAUAAUGACAGACACGACUCAAACACAAUCGCCACCGGCUGUCCAGCGCCAUUCAUUGCGGACACAUCACCAAUUAACCCAGACACAGACGCAAACCCAAUCCCAAUCUCAAUCGAACUCUCAAUAUUUGAAGACUUCGACUGAAAUCGUACCAGAAUCCUCGCCCGUAACACGGCGGGAUUCAAACCCCUCCAUGCCACAGGAAUCGGUUGUGCAGGUUGAGUCUUCGCAACCAGCAGACAGGUUUUUUAGAAAUACCAGAAGUGAGCAGGACUCUGGUCCGCGGGGAUUCGUUGGGAAUCAACUGCUCUCUUCAAGUGUUUUGGAGAGUAUACCCAUGCCGCCAUUAUGGAUGGGCAGUCAGGACAGUGUUGGAGAGCCGUACAGUGAGCCAGGAAACGAAUAAACGAAUUAGCAUCCAUGCAAUGCAACAUAAUGUACAUUAAUAGCCAUAAAUCUACGAAUAGCAUCGAAAUGAUAGACAGAAAAUCACGUGGGUUUACAGUCAAGCUCAUAAGCGC